ACAAAACCACCGUAGAUGUCUAGACUAAAAACUCGCUUAAAAAACUUCUCAGGAAAAUCAAUCUGGAUUUACAACCCGGGGAGGAACGCAAGGGGAGCAGUCAAAAUGGCUGUCUUCCAGUCCACGAAGCUAACACAACGUAUCAGUCCCUAGAAUCUCACAAAGCCAGAUGUUUUCUGAAGGCCACAUGAUGUAACAGUUCAUUGAACCUAGCACCCAUAGAUUAUGAAUUGAUGACGAUUUUUUAGCAAAUUUUUAAUGGAAAGCAUUAUCUGUAGUAGGUCAUGAUUUUUUUCCUGCUAAAUAAAUGGCUGCACGUGUUGGCUAGUUUUCGAAGCCGGUUUUUGGGGUUGGUUAAAUAGGUGGUCAAGCUGUAAUUUUGACUGCACACUCAUUAGUGCAUUCAAGCGAUUAUUAACAAAGAUUCAUCUUAUUGCAUUUACGCAUGAGCGCAUACAUGUACAGUCGCGGCAAAACUUACCUACGGCCGAUGCAAACAAUGUAAACUGGGAAUGAAGUACUGUAUUUCGUUAGAAUAAAAUAUUGUGGUGUUGCGGUAAAUGAAGGCCAUCUUUGCCGGCGUUAUAUUCUGCUGCUGCACGCUCUUCAUCCUGUUUUUUACCAGUCACAUGACACUGGAUAAAUCCUCCUACUUUCAGCCACUUGCGUGGCGGUUUCCCUUGUGCACCGCAUAUUUGACCAAUGCUGAUUAUUGCCAAAAAUGCUCACUUCGCAAUCUGGACCACAAUUUCAAAGAGCAGCUGCGGAGAUCCCUCAGCAACACCUCGCUGGCGUUUAUCGGCGAUUCGCGGAUCCGGCAUAUGUUCGCGUAUCUGCGGAGUCUGUUGGACGGCCGGCAUGUGGUUCUGAAGGAGACCAUCAACGACACGCUGCACUGGGACGAACCACGCCAAUUUCAAUUGUCGUUUUAUGCGCGACUGUAUCCGGAUACCGCCAUGCGGGCGCUGGUGCGUGAGUGGCGCAACGGUACCCGCCCCUUGCCGCAUUACGUCAUCAUGGAAACCGGGGCGUGGACAGUAUUUCGGUAUGGAGAAGCCGCGCUGCCGGAAUUUCGCCGGAAUUUGACCGUUUUGGCCGAGGAUUUUGCUGCGCUGAGUGAUCUUACAACGGUCAUCUGGAUACGAACGCUGCCAAUUAAUCCCGUCGAACUGGCCAUCAACACCCAGUGGAGUCACCGGCGCAACGCAGAUGUGUUAGCCGAACGUUUCGGACGUGUUGUGGAAGAGGUGGCACGGAAUGCCGGCAUUGUGUUGUGGGACGCGGUGUACCAAGAUUCCAGAGAAUAUGUGCAUAUGUAUAAGGAUGUCGUGCAUCCCGGUCUGACGCUGCUGCGAAAGGCGAUUUGUCAACUGCUCUUCGCCCUAGAUACAGGUUCCUGUCGAUGCUCCCUUUCUGGAUCAUUCACAAAAAUUUUUAAUGAUGUGACCUUUCUUAAUUAAAGCCCACGAUUCACUGUUUUUCUUUAAAUCUUGAACAAGUGACAAUAAAAACGGAUUGCCGUGGCACUUUUAAUAGCAGCACUGGAAGGAAUUAUCAA